UUGCUUCUUGAAUUUAAUCCAGCUGCCCUGCUGGUUCGCCCAGAUUUCUUGGUAUUUUGCUCUUCCUCUAACUUCAGUUUCAGAAAUCAAGCAAGUGGGUGUGAUUCUCAGCUUUUUUUUUUGUUUGUUUGUUUGAAUAGCUUUUGGUCGCUGUUGAUGAUGCAAUGGGCUUGCAGGGACAAACUUCAGCAAAUCAGUAGUCCCAAACCUUCCCCUUUGUGCUCUUCGUAAAGGAAUAAUCUGAAAACCGAUGAAAACUAAUGGUAUUUGGGCAUUGCAGAGUUUUUCUUAGUAUAGGUGAACAGAUUUUGGUUUUCUUGGAUUAGCUGCUGUCCAUGGAGGCAGUGAAGGAGAAACCGAGCAGUGGUGAAGUAUUUUCUUCAGUGUUUAAGACAUUCAUAGUGAUUAAAAGUGCAGCGUAAAGAGGGGGAAAAAGACAUCAAGUGCUUCCAGGAGGCCCUUUCAAAGUCGCUGUUGCAAGGCAAGUGUGAGACGCGGUUGGGAUUUUCUUGCUUUGAACACGGUAAUCCUGGCACUGCCCUUCCCCAGCCCUGGCAGCAGGGGAAAGAGAAGCCAAAGGACUUAUUUCUGUUUGUCCCUGUAGUUGUCCUUCAGCUUUUAAGGCACAACUGCUCUUCAUGCAGCACCAGCAGGGGUACGUCAGGCAAGGAGGGCGUCAGCUCCCAGCCCUUGGCUUCUGCAAGGGGGAAAACGGGUUUUGGUGGGAAGCGCCCUGGCACCAAGGGCAGCUGCAGCAUGCUAGGGUGAAGAUGAAGCUUUGCCCUUGCCGGCUGCUGAGGCCUUUGGAGGUUGUUGGUGGCCAUGUCCUGUGGCCAAGUGCCAUCUAGUGAGCCCUGCAGGUAUCGCGUUUGGAGACUCAAACUUGCUGUGAGGAAAAGGGCAGGGUUUGGGGUUUGUUUUUUUUUGUUUUUUUGUUUUUUUUUUUUUCCUCAGUCUGGAAAUCCCUCUGUUUAUUUCUUUUAGAAAGGAACAGCAAGGAGGAAGCAGGAGGUUUGUUUUUCUAGUCUGAAAGCCUCAUCUCUCUCCCCCUGUAGUAAAUCUUUCCCGACUCAACGUUGUGUACAAUUUAGAGGUUAUGAGCUGUUUUAUUUGGGUAUGGGAAGAAAAAGCUCCUACAAGUCCAUGGUUUUAGGGCCGUGCCUGGAGGAGGCACACGCAGAGGCCUCAUGGACUCGUGUGGAGGCCGGGGUGGAUGAUGGGUGGGAGAAUGUGAGGGAGCUCCACACACCCAGCCCCAGCUUGUACCUUCUUCUCAUCGCUAUCCAGAGACACGACGAGGAGGCAGUGAUUGACCGGGGAAGAGUGAGCAAUGUUGUCAACAUUCACUAUGAGAAGGAGGAGUUGGAAGGCCACCGGACCCUGUACGUGGGCGUGCGGAUGCCGCUGGUGAGGCAGAGCCACCGGCAUCACCGACCCCACAGCCAGAAGCAUCGGAAACGGGAGCGGGAGAAGGACUCUGCCCCGACGGAGCCGGGCUACCACUACACCCCGUCCCAGCGGGUGCAGUUCAUCCUGGGGACUGAGGAGGACGAGCAGCACGUCCCCCAUGACUUGUUCACCGAACUGGAUGAGAUCUGCGCGAAAGAGGGAGAAGGCGCUGAGUGGAAGGAAACAGCGAGGUGGCUGAAGUUUGAGGAGGAUGUGGAAGAUGGCGGUGAGCGCUGGAGCAAGCCCUACGUGGCCACGCUGUCCCUGCACAGCCUCUUUGAGCUGAGGAGCUGCAUCCUCAAUGGCACGGUGCUGCUGGACAUUUGUGCCAACAGCAUCGAAGAGAUUGCAGGUUGUCCCCAGUCACAUCACGCCACUGCUCCCAUCCAGCCCACGGCCCCCCAGGCUCACCAGUGUCAUUCCCGGGAGGCUCACAGGACCUUCCGGGGUCGAUUGUCCCCAAAAACGAUGACUGAAGAGGGGAUUAACCCCAGUGGGGGCUGCAACAUGAUCCUUCCGAUGGAGUCACAGAGAGACGACGAGGAGGCAGUCACUGAAAUGGGAAGCGCGAACAACGUCAUCAACAUUGAGGAGGAGGGUUUGGAAGGCCACUGGACCCUGUUCAUGGGCGUGGAGGCGCCGCCGGCGAGGCAGAGCCAACAGCAUCACCCACCCAACAGCCAGAACCCUCAGGAAUGGGAGCAGGAGAAGGACUCUGAGCCGGGCAACCACUGUAACCCUUGGCUCUUUGGAGGUUUGAUCCAGGAUGUGAAGCGGAAAGCCCCGUGGUUCUGGAGCGAUUUUCGGGACGGGCUGAGGCUGCAGUGUCUGGCGUCCUUCCUCUUCCUCUACUAUGCCUGCAUGUCCCUGGUCAUCACCUUCGGGGGGCUGCUGGGGGAGGCGACUGACGGCCACAUCAGUGCCAUGGAGUCGUUGCUGGGCGCAUCCAUGACCGGAGUGGUGUAUUCCCUCUUUGCCGGCCAACCCCUCGCCAUCAUCGGCAGCACUGGAUCCACGCUUGUUUUCGAGAACCUCCUCUACAAAUUCUGCAAGGAGUACGCGCUCUCCUAUCUCUCUCUGCGGGCGUGCAUCGGGCUGUGGACCGCCUUCUUCUGCAUAGUGCUGGUGGCCACCAACGCCAGCUCUCUGGAGUGCUACAUCACCCGCUUCACCAACGAAGCCUUCACCUCCCUCAUCUGCCUCAUCUUCAUCUACAAGGCUCUGGAGAAGCUGAGUCAGCUGCUGGAGAUCUACCGUGUGCACAUGCACAGCAAGCUCGACUUGCUCACCACCAACAACUGUAAGUGUGAGGCACCGACCCAUCCCAGCAACGAAACCCUGCGCUUCUGGGAGAGCAACAAGAUCAGUGUGUCCAGCAUCGCCUGGGAAAACCUCACAGUGUCUGAAUGUCGGUAUUUGCACGGAGAGUUUCAAGGACCUGCCUGCGGACACAACGGCCCUUACGCGCCCAAUGUCCUCUUCUGGUGCUGCAUCCUCUUCUUCUUCACCUUUGUGCUGUUGACCUUAUUGCAGAAGUUUAAAACCAUCCAUUACUUCCCAACCAGGGUACGGUCCACAGUAAGUGACUUUGCUGGUUUCCUCACCAUCGUCAUCAUGGUGCUCAUGGACUUCAUGGCUGGGAUCCCGUCCCCGAAGCUCCACAUCCCCCAUAUGUUCAAGCCUACCAGAGACGACCGCGGAUGGUUCAUCAACCCCAUAGGACCAAACCCUUGGUGGACGGUGUUGGCUGCGCUCAUCCCAGCUCUGCUCUGCACCAUCUUGAUCUUCAUGGACCAGCAGAUCACCUCCAUUAGUGUGGACGGGAAGGAGCAAAGGCUGAAGAAAGGAUGCGGGUACCACCUGGACCUUUUCAUCUUGGCCGUGAUGUUCGGGGUCUGCUCCGUGAUGGGGCUGCCCUGGUUUGUGGCUUCGACCAUCCUGUCCAUCACCCACGUGAACAGCCUCAAAGUAGAGUCCGAGUGCUCAGCUCCAGGAGAACAACCCAAGUUUCUGGGGAUCCGAGAGCAGAGGGUCACGGGCUUGAUGAUCUUUGUGCUCAUGGGCUGCUCCGUCUUCUUCACUUCUCUGCUAAAGUUUAUACCAAUGCCGGUGCUUUACGGCGUCUUUCUCUACAUGGGCGUGUCGUCGCUCAGAGGCAUUCAGUUCUUUGACCGCCUGAAGCUGUUCUGGACGCCGGAGAAACACCAGCCGGAUUUCAUCUACCUGCGGCACGUCCCCUUGCGAAAGGUGCAUCUCUUCACCGUGAUCCAGCUGAUCUGCCUCGUCCUGCUCUGGGCCAUCAGGGUGUCCCCUGCCGCUGCCAUCUUCCCCAUGAUGGGAGAUGGAGCCUCAGCUCUGGCCUCACCGCAUCUUCCAUCUUAUUUGUGA